AUGUCUUCAAGAAGGAAGAGGGAAUUUUCCUUACGCGAAAAUGAGAUUUUUGAAGUUUUAGUGGCUGAUAACAGUGAUGACGAGGAUGCAUUGGUCUUAGAUGAAGAAGAUCAGCAGUUUUUGGCCCAACACAUAGAUGCAGGUCUCUCAAUUGUUGAAAUUGAACCGAGCUCUUCACAUACAGUUGACGAAAAUGUACAGGACGUAGAAGAAAGUCAAGGGCAGCAACAAAGAGUAAAAGCAAGGACGGGUUUGACACCGUCGUUCAACUGGAGGAAAAACUCAUAUGACCCGUACCAUUUCCAUGAACAAGAAGGAUAUAAACAUGGCGAAAUUAUGAUUUCAACUGAUUUUACUCCCUUGAAGAUUUUCGAUGCAGAGGCAAAGUUUGAUCUAUUACUUGAUGAAAUUAUUAUACCUGAAUCGGAACGAUACGCAUUGCAAAAUGGAAGACCUUUCGCUCUCACUAGUGCAGAGGCGAAGGCCUUUCUAGGGAUGAACUACGUGAUGGGAUAUCACAUCUUGCCUACAUUCCGCAGCUAUUGGUCGUCAGAUCCUGAUAUGGGAGUUCCUGUCAUUGCAAACGUAAUGCCACUCAACCGUUUCGAAGAAAUACGAAGGAACCUACAUUUCAGUGACAAUACAAAUGAACCAUCUAGAAGUCAAUCUUCAUAUGAUAGAGCAUAUAAGAUACGCCCAGUGUUAGAUCAUUUCAACGACAGUUUUCAAAACGCUAUGACAAACACAAAAACUCAAGCAAUAGAUGAGCAUAUGAUUAAGUUCAAAGGUCACAAUAUUAUGAAACAAUAUGUCAAAAAUAAACCAGUAAAAUGGGGAUUUAAAAUGUGGUGCAGAUGUGAUUCAAGGACUGGCUAUCUAUUUCAGUUUGACCUGUAUACUGGGAAAAAACAAGGUGUUGCUGAAAUUGGAUUAGGAGAAUCAGUGGUCUUACAACUUUGCAACGACCUUCAAAAUUUGGGUUGUGAAAUAUAUUUUGACAACUUUUUUAAUUCUCCAAAUCUGCAACAUAAACUGGCAAACAUGAACAUAAGAUCUUGUGGAACAGUUCGUUCAAAUAGAAAGAAUAUUCCGAAAAAUUUGCCUGCCGAUAAAAUGAUGAAAAGAGGGCAAAUAUAUGCGACUAGCUCACAAGGGAUUUCCUUCAUAAAAUGGAUGGACAAUAAAGCCGUUUUUAUGUUGACAAAUUUCCUGUCCCCAAUUACCACCACUACGGUGAAAAGAAGAAUGCACGGAAGUGGUGAGAAAAUAAAUGUCACAUGUCCCGACGUUGUAGUAAAAUAUAAUAAGAACAUGGGAGGCGUUGAUUUGAUGGACCAAAGGAAAGUUUGCUAUGAAGUUGAUAGAAAAGCGAAAAUCAAAUAUUAUCUCAGACUAUUCUUUGAUUUGCUCGACAUUGCAAUGAACAACGCCUAUAUAAUAUACAGCAAAUUGCAUGAUGACAAACUAGUUGAAGGAACAUUGCUUUCGUGCCUUAAAUUUCGACAAGUUAUAAGUCGUUCCCUCAUUGCUGAUUUCUCGUCUCGUCAGAGAACACUACCAUCUACAGUUAUGACGAAUAAAAGAAUUGGUAACUUACAAAAAAGGGGAACGCCAUCUCAUAUUAUGGUAAAAACAAAUAUAAGGAAGAGGUGUGUACAAUGUGCCAAAUCUCGUGUUGAAAAUCGCACUAACAAUACUUGUUCAACAUGCAACGUACACUUAUGUUUCACAUCGGAAAGAAAUUGUUUCCAAGAUUAUCAUUAA